GUAAGUGAACUUGAUCAGAUUUCUUUGAGCUGCAACAUUGAAGAGAGGGUAUUUGACCUUUUCCCAAGUGCCAAACGUGUAUUCCACAUCCGGAUUCACUACAUAAUCGAAACCAGCAUUUGAUGGAAAACAUUGCGUCUCCUCUGAGUUCUCUGCGGUGUCUGAACGAUUCCAUGAAACGUGAAGAAAAAAAAUCGGGUAAUGGAGCAUUUCGAGCCCUUCCACCAGCUAACAAGAAAACCGAAGUUUGGUCUCCAGAUCCACCACUUCCUAUUACCCAGACACCUUCUGCUCAGUUUGCACGUUCUGGUUGGGUGCUACGUACAACGAUCCUCUUUCAAGCUCCUCACAUGAUCAGAGAUAGAAAGUUUCACCUGCGAACCUUUCGACGCUGUCUUGUUGGAACAGAAAUGGUGGAUUGGAUUAUUCAACAAAGUGGCUCUUUUUUUCAUAUUCAUUCUCGAUCCCAAGCUUCUGGUAUGUGGCAAGCACUAUUAGAGGAAGGAGUAAUCUUUCAUGUCACGCAGGAACAUCAGUUCAAGGACAAGUACAACUUCUACCGUUUCCGUGACGACCAGGAAGGUAUUGGUACUGCACCGUCAACCAAGGAUCGCCACCAAGCCGAAUCGGAACUGCAGGAAACAUUCAGUCUUCUUCUUCAACAAGCUCCAGAUGCCAUUUUAAGAAUGACACUUAGGAAACCCCCUUCGGAUAGGACAGCUGAAGACCUAGAAUUAAUCUAUGACGAAUUGCUACACAUCAAAGCACUCUCUCAUCUCUCCAACAGCGUUAAAAGAGAACUUGCAAGUGUGUUGUAUUUUGAGUCGCAUGCAAUGGCCGGCACCGUAUUGUUCCAUCAAGGAGAUGAAGGGAAGUCCUGGUAUAUAAUCUUAAAAGGAUGUGUGAACGUUGUAAUUUACGGAAAGGGUGAAGUUUGCACGUUACAAGAAGGGGAUGAUUUUGGAAAACUUGCAUUGGUAAAUGAUGCUCCCAGGGCAGCCACUAUUGUUACCCGAGAGGAUAAUUGCCAUUUUCUUCGUGUGGAUAAAGACGACUUUAACAGAAUUCUGCGGGACGUUGAAGCUAAUACUGUACGGCUAAAAGAACAUGGCCAGGAUGUGCUUCUUCUCCAGAAGAUCGCAAGUGAUGGACGGGUGGCUGAGGGAGCUCAUUCCCAUUACAAAUAUACUGUGAUUGCGGGAACACCACAGAAAAUGUUGGAACACCUUCUAGAAACUCGAGUUGACUCUAGGUUAGAAGAAACUGGAGAACCGUCUUCACAAGACAACUUUUUGGAAGAUUUUCUACUAACCCAUAUAAUGUUUAUGCCCAAUCACCAGCUGUGUUCCGAACUAAAGAAACACUAUAAUAUUGACGUUACUAACUCUCGCCAGGAGACUGAGUUCAUAAUAGCUAGCAAAAGACGUGUAGCUCAUUUUGUACAGACUUGGGCUACAACGAUAAGAGAACAGUUCUAUGAAGACCCUGUCAUAUCGCGUUUCAUUCAGGACCUCCAGAUAGCAAUAGUACAUGACUCAAAACACUACAAGAGUUUGGAAGAGGAAGUAAAAACUAUGACAAAUAUGGUGGACACAAAGCAAAAAUUACAGGAAGAAUAUGACAACAAUAGUUCCCAACGGUGGAAAGUUAGUGCAUUUGGUCAUAUUGUAAGAAUGAUACCUGGUGGCUCAGAAGAAGAGGAUAAGCCCACCACUAGAAGACCGAUCAAAGAUUGGGAUGAGAUUAUAUUCCGUGUCCAUUGUGCCGACCACACUUACACGACGCUAAAAACUGUUGUGGGAGCCACUUCAGAAACGAUCAAAGGAUUUGCUGCUGAUAAACUGGGUCUGAAGGAUGACCUUGUGUUGGUGGAGGUUAAAUCAAGUGGCGAGAGAAUUGUCUUCAAAGACUUCGAAGUCAGUGUCCCCACGGGUCUCAGCAUCAACGGCAGGAUAUUUCUAUCUCCAACUGACCAUUUAGAUGCUUUGACACCUUUGCCAGAGCAAGAAGGACCAUCAGAAGGAACUGGAAAUACCCUAGAAACCUUAAAUAGUAACGAGUUAGCCUACCAGAUGGCAAUGUAUGACUGGGAACUUUUCAGUUCCGUGCAUGAGUACGAAUUGAUUUACCAAGUUUUUGAGCGUCAUCAGUUUAGAAAGACUAUGUCAAAUCUAGACGUUUUCCUACGAAGAUUUAACGAAGUUCAGUUCUGGGUGGUUACAGAAAUGUGUCUAACAACAUCACUGAGUCGGCGUGUCCAGCUUCUCAGGAAAUUCAUCAAAGUGGCAUGCCAUUGCCGCGAAUACCAAGAUUUAAAUGCCUUUUUUGCCAUAGUGAUGGGGCUGAGUAAUAUAGCAGUAAGUCGUUUAUCUCAAACUUGGGAAAGACUCCCAGGCAAAAUAAAGAAGGUAUUCAGCGAAUUUGAGACCCUUAUUGACCCCUCUCGUAAUCAUCGACGUUAUCGACAAUUCGUUUCGAAGUUGGAGUCUCCUAUCAUCCCUUUUAUGCCUCUUCUGUUGAAGGAUAUGACAUUCACUCACGAAGGUAAUAAGACGUAUCUGGAAGGGCUUGUUAACUUCGAAAAGAUGCAUAUGAUUGCACAGACCUUAAGAACUCUAAGAAACUGCCGAAGUCGACCUUUAGUUAUUGAAGCCCCACCUAGCGGUAAAUCUGCCCACGAAGUUAGAAAAUACAUAAGGAACUUUUGUUUAAUUGACAAUCAACGACGUCUAACGCAGUUGUCAAAUAAUCUUGAACCCAGACGUCCUUAAUAAUGUCAAUAAGACGAAUGACUUCCAAUACCACUUGGCUGGAUCUUGGCGGUUGAUAUGCUCAAAGAAACAAACAAACAAACUGGCGUAUGAGGACAAUCUGUAGCACAUGGGAAAACUUAUUUAUUUUACAAUAACUAAAACUGUCGGUAAGUUGCUAGGUGUAUGAGUACUGGUGUACUAGUCACUUGUCAGUGUUUGUGUGAAAAUGUCGUUUUCUAUAGACUUGCAGAUUGCAGAGACGACAGAAAUGUCCACUACGAUUUUCUAUACACUAGCUUUGUACUUCAGGUUAAUGUAUCACUAACCUGCAAGAUUUGACAAAUCAAUAGCAUGGGAUGGUUUACUAUGAUUUUGUUUUCAACAGAAUGAAGAAACUCGUAAUGGUUUAAGAAUUGAGAAAACAGGAGUUAUAUCAGAAGUGAAUUUGACUGUUUGGCAUAUAAGACUAUUACUUUGACACUUUUGUCUGUAAUGAAAGUUGUUAAUUGACAUAUGUAUGUGUUCUACAAGCAACGUGAGGUAAAAACAAUUAACACCGUUCUUUCAAAAGUAUCUGAACAGUACGUGUGCAGAUGGUUUUGACAGUGCAGUGUAUUUAUCUUGUCAUUAACCUUUACCAAACACAUUUUUAUGUUGAUUGUGAGUGAAACUAGUCGUUAAAUCUUUCAAAAAGCUCUCUUUUCGGAAAACUUUACUUUCAGUUAUAGUUGGAUUGCAUCCAUGUUAUAGUUUUCUGCAGGAGGUGUAAUGUAAUACGUGGACAUUGUUGAUGGUUGAAACAAAGAAACUAGAAAAUCUUCCGAAAAUAAAAUGUUAAAUCAUAUUUUCAUAUUCGUCAUUUUUUUAAGAAGUGAGUUUAAAUAUUGACCCUAACUACGUGUCAACUGGAAACUGUGAAGUUUAUGUGUCAACUCUACUUGUGAGUUUAGUAGCAUUAUUUCACUAUCGAUAUUAUGCAACGUGUUAGCUACUACAUUAAACAACAUUUUUUAAUAUAAAAUGUCUUUCAGUUUCAUCUUACUUGCUAGGCAUUUUCUUGGAAUAAUAUCUGUAAUUGAGCUUUUAUGAAAAAUGUUUUACAUUCAUCCUCAGCAAGCUUCUGUUCACGUGCUAAAUGCAGACAUAUCCAUUUUUGACGUCACGGUGCAUUAUCGAUUAUGUUUCCCAACUAUUCGUAAUAGGAAGAAGCUUCAGGAGAAGCUUAACAUUUUUCAACUUUUUAAAUUUAUAUCAAUGAAAUUCAGGCAAGAUGGAAAACUAAACGAGUUAUAGUUUGCUGUAAUACAUAUAUAUAUGUGUGUUUACCAAUAUAAGAAGGUUGCAAAUCUAGAAUAUCUAAAUAUUUAAAUAUGAAUAUAAGAUGUAUAUUACUGUUGGGCAGCAUCUACACUCAUAUACAGUUAAUUAUAUCUGAUCUAAACAUUAAUAAUAAUACAAAAGUCCAUAUUAUGUUAUUAACUCAAAUACUGAUAAGGUGAUAAAAUUCGAACUUGAAGAGAAAAAAAAAACAUCUCUCGGUUGUUGACAUCACUUGUAGUCUGGUCCUUUUUGACAAGCCUGAAUUAUGGGAAUAGUUAGGAUAAUUAUAAUUUGAAUAAGCAUUUUAAAUCAUUUAUAAUGGAACGUACUUUAUAUCAUUUAUUAAUCAUGUUAUACAGAGGGUUUCAGAAGGAGAAUUCUUACAGCAACAACAACAACAACAAAACAUAAA